UCUGGGUCCAGUUCCAAAAAGUCGGACAUCAUGCAGUCUGCCUGUCUCGCAGUUUGUCUCGUCUGCCUCAUCUGCUUCACCUCAGCUUGUUACAUCAACAACUGUCCUGUUGGAGGCAAGCGAUCCAUCAUGGACAUGGAGGUCAGACAGUGUAUACCAUGUGGUCCUGGUAACAGGGGCCAUUGCUUUGGAGCCAGUAUUUGCUGUGGGGAGGGGUUUGGCUGCUACAUUGGAACCUCCGAGACCCUGAGGUGUCAGAAGGAAGAUUACCUGCUGUCUCCUUGCGAACCAAGUGGCAGGGCUUGUGGCAGCAAUGGUGGGAAAUGUGCCUCAUCUGGAAUCUGCUGUACACAGGAGAGCUGUGUCCUGGAUUCUAUUUGUGAUGCCAGGAGUGUCUUCUCUUCAGAUUAAUCUGGACAGCCCUGAUCAUUGCUGCAAGAUCUGAAGUCUUGAAUUGUCAACUGAAGUUUGAUAUCUAUAAAUGUUGAAUACAAGCAUCUUUUAAUGCUAAAUAGAAACGAUAACGAUUUUCAGACAUGCUUAAUGUGAAAUAAUACCAAAAACCUGGAAGAAUAGCUAACAAUACUUAAAUAAAACA